AGUCGCUGUCGGCCGCUGGACGCAGAAGCAGCAGCUGUGAGGACGGCGUCAGUGACAGUUGGUCCUUUCUUUGCACAGCGCAAACGCUGCUGGGAAUACCUCCAAGAAGAAGCACUGGGAGAAAAGAAAAGUGGGAGUAGAGGCCCAGCUGCUCCAGCUGCUCCAGCAAUUCCAGCGCUUCACUUCUCGUCUUUGACAUGGAAUAUAUUUUUUAAAAAGUAUCCCUCUGUUAGACUGUUACCACAACACGUCGCCCGGUUUCCCCCACUCUUUUUAAAAGGACUGUUACACCUUUGUCAGAGUUGGUAAGUCAUGAGCAGCAAUGAAACAGUUUAGCUCAUGACUGGGAGCCAUGAAGCAGCCAGGGAAGUGACCUCCGUGGACACCGCAGCCUGAGGGUGCCCCUCGUUGGCACCAUGGCAUCCAACGAGAGAUUGUAUGAAGUCUGGAUGCUCUAUUGUACCAAGAGGGAUCCAGACUACUUGAAGCUAUGGCUGGAGAUUUUCAUCAGCUCCUAUGAGCGAUGCCUUGAUGUAGACUUUGAAAAGACACCUUCAAGGUCAGAGGAGGUUCCCCCAGUCUUGACGCUCCUGCCAGACAACAUCCUGCAGGUUUUGCGCCACCAGUUACUGCAGUGUGUCCAGAAAGCCUCCGACGGCCUGGAGCCUGAGCAGCAAAACCUAGCACUGCUGCUGCUCAAAUUCCUCAUCAUCAUCUGCAGGAACCUGUCCAACGUGGAGGAGAUUGGCACGUGCUCCUACAUCAAUCACAUCAUCACUAUGACAACACUGUAUAUUCAGCAGCUGAAGAGUAAGACCAAAGAGAAGGAGAUGGUAGACCAGAGCCAGGCCGAAGAGUUUGUCCGUCACGCACUGGCAUUCUGCGAGAGCCUCUACGAUCCGUACCGCAACUGGAGGCAUCGAACGUGCGGGGAGCAGCUGGGUACAGUGGAGAGGAGCAGGCAGAAGUACAAAGCAGCUCCCCUCACUGUUGAGUUUGUUCCUUUCUUUUACCAGUGCUUCCAGGAGAGCGAGCACCUGAAGGAGAGUCUGAAAUGCUGCCUGCUACACCUGUUUGGAGCCAUAGUUGCUGGAGAUCAGAGGAACGCUCUGCUUGCAAUCUCUCCAGCUACCAUGGAAGUGUUGAUGCGGGUCCUGGCUGACUGCUCCAUGGGCAGCUGCUCUUCAGAUGAGGGCGAGGACUGGGACAGUGAGGCCCCAGACCGCAAGGCACUGCUGACUUUGGGCUGCCUGCGGGAGGUCGUCCAGAGGCUCCUGGCCUCCAGCUCUGACCAGCGGCAAGUGGAAAUCGCCUCAGUGCUGGAAAACUACUUUAAGCUGCUCAACUCAGACCCAGCAGCUGUCCUCGCUGCCCGGCAGCAGCAGCAACAAGCCAAGGGCCGAGUGCCAACACUGGGUCGACAUUGGGAGAGCAGAUUUGUCGCCCUGCAAGUGCACAUGCUAGACACUAUCAGGGACAUGUUCCUGUGUUCAGACAGGCCAGUACUACAAGCCAUCUUCCUCAACAGUAACUGUUUUGAGCAUCUGACGCGACUGCUACAGAACAGCAAGGUGUUUCAAGGGCGAUUGGACUCCCUUGCUAUAGCAACCAUCAAAGCCCUAACAACAGUGAUGCACAAAUCGCCAGCUGCAAAGGAGGUUUUUAAGGAGAGGAUUGGGUACAAUCACCUGUACGAAGUGCUCAUCUCUCUCGGGCAGCCAUCUCGACACCUUCUCAAAGAGCUGAUGAACAUGGCAGUGGAAGGUGAGCACACCUCAGUGGGCCUCCUGGGCAUCAGUAAUGUGGAGCCAUUGCUGCUGCUGGUCCAGUGGCUCCCAGAGCUGGACUCGUCAGAACUGCAGCUCUUUACAGCUGAUUGGCUCCGCCGCCUUAGCUGCCUCAACCGCCAGACCCGCGCCACCUGUGUCAAUGCCGCCAUGGUCAUGCGUGCACUGGCUGCCCUGGAGCGCCACGAGCGAUUACACAGAGCUUGUGCCGAAAGCCUUUUGGGAUUAGUAGGCUCACUUGGCUGCCAGUCUUUGAGUGCCAGGGAACUGUUGGAAUUCCUGCGUCUCCUUAGGCCUCCGGAGUCCAGCCAAGUUCAUCCAUACGUAGGUCCUGCCCUAAGAGCCCUGUUGGCCAUGGUACGCAAGCAAGGCUUGGAAAGUGCCAUGCAGUACUUUGACCUGUCACCCAGCAUGGCUGGCAUUGUAGUUCCAACAGUGCACCGCUGGCCAGGGUCUGCCUUCAGUUUCCUCGCCUGGUUGUCACUGGACCAGGACCAACUGGGCCCGUCUAGCAAAGACAAGAGAAAACAGCUCUACAGCUUUUUCACACCAGGAGGGACGGGUUUUGAGGCCUUUAUUAGCUCAGCCGGCGUGCUGGUAGUGGCCGUAUGCACAAAGAAGGAGUACGUCACAGUCAUGCUGCCUGAUUACUGCUUCUGUGACUCUCUCUGGCACAGCAUCGGUGUGGUGCAUAUACCUGGAAAGAGGCCAUUUGGACAGAGUCUUGUCUACAUUUAUGUGGACGGACAGCAGAAGCUGUCUGCCCCCCUUAAGUACCCGACCAUGACAGAGCCAUUCACCUCCUGCUGCAUCGGCUCAGCAGGCCAGCGCACCACCACUCCUCCACCCUCGCAGAUCCCAGACCCUCCCUUCUCCUCAGCCACCACGCCUACCACUCGUUCUUCACUGGGCGGCAUCCUGUCGCCCCACACCUGGGGAGGCCUGCUGGGUGGGAAGCCUGAGUCUGUGACUAAACUAAUCUCAGCAGGGACUCAGGAUAGCGAGUGGGGAAGCCCCACGUCCCUGCAGGGCCAGCUGGGAAGUGUCAUGGUGUUUCACGAGCCACUGCAGCAGAACCACAUAAAAGCCAUCUGUAGUGCUGGUCCAAACUGUAUCUCUCCAUUUAAAGCCCAGGAAUCAGAACUUGGUGAUCUUUCAGCCAAAUUGCUGUUGCACUACUCACCUAAGGCCUGUAGAAACCCCAUCUGCCUGGACCUGUCUCCAAACAUGCUGCAUGGACGCCUGACGGGGAACAAAGUUGUUAACUGGGAUAUCAAGGAUAUGAUCAACUGUGUGGGUGGCCUGCCAGUUCUCUUCCCCAUACUGGAGCAGUUGGCUCUCAUGACGCCUGAUCAACAGAUGAAUGAUCCGGCAGCUGGAUCUGAUUUCAUCACCCCAGAUGUGACCACGCCAGCUGAUGGAGAUUGGGUCAUUCUCCCAUCUAACAGGGCCUCGGAGGCACGCCUGGAGAAGAAUCUUGUGGCCACAUUCCUGUUGGUGCUUAAGCAUUUCCUGCAGAGGCACCCAAUCAACCAGGAGAAUCUGCUCCACUCACAUGGUGCUGGUACACUGGGAGCCCUGCUGCAGAAGCUGCCAGCUGGUCAUGUUGAUGUCAGCGUACUGGUUGCUGCGCAGCUCCUGAUAGAGCAGGUGACAUAUGAGAAGAAUCAAGCUCUGCUGCAGCAGCUUCACACACAUCUGCUGUUCAGUUUCAACAUCUGGAACAAAGGGGACUUCCCUCUACGCAUAGGUCAUAUCCAGUACAUGUCCACUGUCAUCAAAGACAACAGGAAGCAGUUCAGGAAAAAAUAUGGAGUUCAGUUUCUGGUGGACACCAUACGCCUCUAUUAUGGGAAGAACACUAACAAAGAAAGCGAGUUGAGCGAGGACGACAUUCGGACCAUCCGCGCAUCUCUAUGUGGCCUCAUCAAGUACUACAUCAGCAAGGGCAUGUCGCAGGAGGAGAUGCACAGCAUUCUGGGAUACAUCGCUGCCAUUGGAGAUGAAGAUCAGCUGUGUGCUCUGCUGGAGUUGUUGCUGAGCCUUCUGCAGAGCAGUCCAGCCAAAGACCAGCUCUUCCUGCUCCUCUUUGAGUCCACGGCGGCCGACUCCUGCUAUGCUCUUCUUCUCAAUAACAAACACUCAGAUCGACUCAGAGAACUGGUCUUUAAGUUGUUUGAGCGCAUGUUGCGCUGCGACCGGGUCUAUGAGAAGAAUAAGCAGCGACUGCGGCUGAGGGAGGCAGGUUACUCCGGUCUGUCGCUGCUCUUCUCUGAACUUCACAUCACCCCGACCCUGAUCCGCUGUCUCCUCAACCAGGUCCUCCAUACAGAUCAAGUGGUAAACUACAAGGACCUGAUGGCUUUAGUCCAGCUCACUCACCGGGCCGGACCCAGCGUGCGGCUCAUCGUCUGCAAGAGGGUGUACCAGCUGCUUCAGUCCCAACAAGAUGCUGCUGCCCAGAUCUCAAAGCAGCAGUGUUGGCAGGACACCCUCAUGCGGCUGUAUCUAAGAGGUGAAGGAUCCUUGCCGCUGCGUAACUCAGACGCCGUCAGCACCUGCAGUCUGGAGCUGAGUCGGACCAGCGUCAGCAGCAACCGCCUGGAGCUGCCACUAGAGAGGAGGGCACGGACAGGCAGCGCCAGCCGCUUGGAUCGGCUGGAGGAUGACCGGGUCAGCAUAAGUGAUACCCGCUCAGUGGACAGUCUGGAGAAUGGUGAUGUCAUCUCGCUGCUGGACACACCGUCUUCCUCAGCCUCCACUGAGCCGCAGCCCCACGUCAAGCCCUGGGUAGUGGGAAAAUCAGGGGGCUUGAUGCUGGAUUUGUCCCAUCUGCAAACAUAUGAGGGUGGAGAGAGCGGCAGCCAGACACCUGGGAGCAUGCCCAGCACGCCUUCACCACUGGAAACCUCAAAGCCUUUCCCAGGGAACUCCGGGGAUCGAGAUGCAACUUCCUCCCUCACUGAAGACAGCUUCCUGUUCAGUGACAACAUCUCUCUGGGGGAGUCUUUCAGCAAUGCUGAGCGGGCAGAGGAGGAGCUGUGCAGCAUGCUGCUGGAGAUCAUCCUGUGUGUGAUGUGGCGUGGCGUCGAGGGUUCAGAUGAUUCGGCGUGGCUGGAGCGUGGUCAGGUCUUCUCUGCUCUCACCAAGCUGGGAACUGCCAAUGAGCUGCUGCUUCCUGUCGACCAAAUCAAGCUCAGUCUGAUGGAACGUAUGUUGGAAUGGGCGGUGAGCGAUAACCGCGAGGCAUCAGCUGCUACGUUACCUCAGCACACAGAGAAUGCUGUUCGCUUGCUUCACAUGGUGCAGGACUUCCUGCAGGCGGAGGGUCUCAUCAAUCCAGCACUGUGGACGGAGAAAGUGCUGGAAGAGACCGUGACGUUGAUGGACAGCCUCAUGGUGUGGUACUCCUCUGGCUCUCAAUGGUUCCAGCUCUCCCAAGUUGGGCUGAGACUGCUCCUGGGCUUCAUGGCUCAGGAAGACCCAGAGGUGUGUGCCAUGGCCACCGCCAAGCUUAAUGGGAUCCUGCAGACCAAGGAGAUUUCCAGCCAGGACGAGGCCUGCUACCUGCUGGGGAAGGUGGAGGGAAUCCUGCGGCGUUCCAUCCAGGAGCAGACUGAGGAGACGUACUCUUUUCUGGUUCCGCUGUUGCGAACGCUGCUCUCCAAAGUCCACCGCCUCCUCUACAUGGAGCUGCACCUGCCGCAGCUGCCUGACACCAACGGGAGCCCCUCCUUCUUUGAGGACUUCAAACUUUACUGCAACUCACCCGAAUGGCGUGUCUACCUCGAUAAAUAUAUUAUUCCAUACAUGAAGCAGUAUGAAAUUGAGAUGUUCAGCCAGGGUCAUGAGACCAUGGCUCUGUACUGGAAAGAGUGCUACGAGGCCUUCAUGGUCAGCCUGCAUAAGAGAGAGAGGGAGAGGGGAGAGAGCAAGAUCCGCUUCCAGGAACAAUUUGUGGAGCCUUUCUCACGCCGUGGCCGCCAGGAGAACCUCCGCUACAACAGCAUGUUGAAGCAGCAGCACAGCCAGAACAGUGCCACGCUCAGGCAGUGGAAGGCAGCGCGGCGGGGUCUGGUGUGUGAGAGAGGGCCCUGGGCUGACAGGCUGCAGGAUGAGAUGCACUGGAGGGUAUCUAGUGCUGAAAAUUACUCCCGCAUGAGGCUGAAGCUGGUCCGUAAUUACAACUUUGAUCCUCACAGAGAGGCCAGUGCUCUGAGAGACAACCUGGGUGUCCAGCAGCAGCGUGUAAACCCAGAGUCUCUCCUACUGGAGGCCGUGAAGCAAGUCAAAGUCAGCGACCUGGAAGACGACAUCCUGGAGCUGCCGGAGGAUGAUCCUGUUGUUGCCAACAACCAGGUUGAAGCAGAGGAGGCGGGCCAGAAGGAGAAGCUGGUGUUGUGGGAGGACUGUGAGCUGGUGACGAUAGUGGACGUGGUUCCGGGCCGCCUGGAACUCACCACACAGCACAUCUACUUCUACGACAGCAGCCAGGAGAAGGAGGAAGGAGUGGGUCAUGACUUCAAAUGGCCCCUGUCGCAGAUUCGAGAGGUCCACCUUAGACGUUAUAACCUGCGGCGCUCAGCUUUGGAAAUCUUCCUUAUUGACCAAACCAACUACUUCCUCAACUUCAAAAAAGAGGUCAGGAACAAGGUCUACAGCCGCAUGCUACUGCUGCGAUCCCUCAACCUGUAUGAAACCCGCUCACCUCAGGAGCUCCUCAAGGCCUCUGGACUCACACAGAAAUGGGUGAACCGGGAGAUUUCCAACUUUGACUACUUGAUGCAGCUCAACACGAUUGCAGGCAGAACCUACAAUGACCUGGCUCAGUACCCAGUGUUUCCCUGGAUUCUAGCGGACUACACGUCAGAGGAGCUGGACCUUUCUGAUCCCCGGGUGUUCAGGGACCUGUCAAAGCCGGUUGCUGUGCUCAAUGAACGCAAUGCGAAGGCAGUUAGAGAAAAGUAUGAAAGUUUUGAGGAUCCCACAGGGACCAUAGACAGGUUCCAUUAUGGCACCCACUAUUCAAACGCUGCCGGCGUGAUGCACUACCUGAUCAGGGUGGAGCCCUUCACCUCCCUACAUAUCCAGCUGCAGAGUGGACGGUUCGACUGUGCCGACCGUCAGUUCCACUCCAUCCCAGCCACGUGGCAGACCCUCAUGGACAACCCCAAUGAUGUCAAGGAGCUCAUCCCUGAGUUCUUUUACUUCCCAGAAUUCUUAGAAAACCAAAAUGGAUUUGAUCUGGGUCGCCUGCAGAUCUCCAAGGAAAGAGUAAAUGAUGUUGUUCUGCCCAAAUGGGCCAAGUCCCCAGAAGACUUCAUCUACAAGCACCGCAAAGCUCUGGAGUCGGAGUACGUAUCAGCCCACCUCCAUGAGUGGAUUGAUCUGAUCUUUGGUUACAAACAGAGGGGCCCUGCAGCGGUGGAAGCCCUCAACGUGUUCUACUACUGCACAUACGAGGGGGCGGUGGACUUGGAUGCCAUCACUGAUGAAAAGGAGCGCAAAGCGCUGGAAGGCAUGAUCAGCAACUUUGGUCAGACACCCUGCCAGUUACUCAAGGAGCCCCAUCCAGUGCGCCUGCCACAGGAGGAAGUGGAGAAGAGGAAGGCUCAGCUGGACUCGUGUCCUCUCAGCAUGUUCGAGCACCUCAGUGACCUCAAGUCCUUCUUUGUGGAGGGCAUCAGUGACAAUGUGCCGCUGGUUAAGGCUGUGGUCCCAAAGAAUCAGUCACAUUCCUUCAUCACCCAGGGGAGCCCUGACACCAUGGUAACAGUGAGUCAGAACUGCUUGGUUGGGACCCAUGGGUGGCUGCCUUACAACAAGAACAUCUCCAACUACUUCACCUUCAUUAAGGACCCCACAGUUUCCAACACCAAAACCCAGCGCUUCCUUUCAGGACCCUUCGCCCCUGGUGUGGAGGUAACCGCCGGGCUGUUUGUGGUCUCCCACGAUGGGAAGUUACUCUUCAGCGGCGGCCACUGGGACAACAGCCUGCGGGUCACUUCGCUGGUUAAGGGAAAGACUGUUGGACAGCACAUUCGACACAUGGACAUUGUGACCUGCUUGUCGACAGACCACUGCGGCAUCCACCUGAUCUCAGGCUCCAGAGACACGACCUGCAUGGUGUGGCAGGUUCUGCAGCAGGGUGGCGCUCCUGUCGGUCUCCAUCCCAAACCCAUUCAGGUGCUGUACGGACACACGGACGAGGUGCUGAGCGUCAGUAUCAGCACAGAGCUGGACAUGGCUGUAUCUGGAUCACGGGACGGGACUGUGAUCAUCCACACGGUGCGUCGGGGUCAGUACAUGCGCUGCUUGCGUCCGCCGUGCGACAGCUCACUGCCGCUGUCCAUCCUCCAUCUGGCUGUGUCCUGGGAGGGUCACAUGCUGGUUCACACCUGCCUGGAGGGCAAAGCAACACUAAAGGAUAAAAACGCCCUCCACCUGUACUCUGUAAAUGGGAAGCACCUCUGCAGCGAGCCUCUGAAAGAGCAGGUGACAGACAUGUGUGUUUCAGGGGAGUAUGUGGUGAUCGGCAGUGAGCAGGGAUACCUGUCCAUCCGUGACCUUUACAGCCUGUCUCUGUGUGCAGAGCCCAUGGCCAUGCGGGUGCCAGUGUGCUGCGUCUCGGUCACCAAGGAGCAAAGCCAUGUGCUGGUGGGCCUGGAGGACGGCAAGCUGAUCAUCGUGGGCGUGGGCAAACCAGCGGAGGUAAAGAACUCGCUGCGGAACUACAUCGCUCAGAGCCUUGAGGGAUCGCCACUCAUGGCCUCCCCCCUGCUGGCCCCGCUCCGGGCUCGCUCUCCAACUCGCCUGCUCCACCAGCGCGACCAGCUGGUGUUCAGCCCCACUUCCACCUCCCACAAACCUUAGCAGCUCUAGUCCCUUCCUUCCCCUUGUACCCCUUUAUCGCUGUAGAUCUAAUACACACACACACACACACACACACACACACACACACACACACACUGCACAUGUCCCCCAUGUUGUCCUCACAGACCUCCACAGUCACCUGUUCUUCUCAGGGAUGGCUGUCUCACACAGUCAGUCAUAUGGCUUCCUCACAAAACAACCACACACACUUAGACACACAAACACGCAGACAUCUGAGCCACAUUCCUUCAGCCAGUAGAGCCACAACUGUGAUAUGGAAGCAACUUUUUGUUGUGUACCUCAUUCUGUGUGUGUGGGUUUGUUUGUUAACUUGUUUUUGUUUGUUUUGACUUUUGGCAUCUGUGUAAAACUUCCUGCCUGAAGUGUCAUUAUGUUUUGUGUUUGUGUGCUCUUCAAACUAGUAACAGAAAAUGCUGUGAAACAAGCUAAUUAAUGAUUCUGCAAACUCAAGCCAUAUUUACAGUGUAGCUACAAUCAAAUAAUUAAUAGCCCUGCACCAGUAUAGACUUUAAUGUUAUGGUAAUGUAAAUAGUGUGGUAGUACACAUGUUGUAGGAGGUUGAUCCAAGCAGUCCCCCUUGGAAUCAUUGCACCUUCCUGCUUUUUAUCUUUUCCAUUCAAAUUGACUCACACCAAAGUGAAUCAAGCUUCACUUUAUUUUUUCUUUUAUUGCCACAUUAGUCAGUUCAGCUCCAAUGAACUAAUCAAUCACUCAUGAACCACAUUACUCCUUCCCCCCUCCUUUUUGUUUCCUUUGACUUCACGCUUUUCUUCCCCCGCUCUCCCCCUCUUCCUCCGCCUCACUUCCUCUUCCACCUCCUCCUCCACUCUUCCCAGAUGCGUUCGGGCCAGAUCACACGGAAGCUGUGGGGAUCCAGCAAGAGACUGACUCAGAUCUCCUCGGGGGAGAAGGUGUACAACACCCAGCAAGACCACAACUGACCUGUCCCCGCCUAUCCCCAAGCCCUAAACUAUCCCCUUCAAGCAUAUCGCACAUUUUCAUUUCAUAUCCAAGCAGAUUGUCUCAUUCUGUUUCCACCACCUCCCGCUGUUUUAUCAGGUGGUGGGUUUUGGGGUGCCGGAGCACUGCAAAACCUGCAUGCCUACAUGUGCAUCUGAGUUCUCUGGAUGUGCACUUUGGAGUGAUCACACGGCGCUGGCGCUGUGGGUCCCAUGCAGAAGUAGCGCCAGCCUCAGCAAAACCACACCGCUGUCCACUGCUCACACACACCACAGUUCACCAUAACUUUUACUACAGUCAGCCUCAUUUAAUGGUUAACUGCUCUCCUAUAUGUAUGUAUUUAUGAAUGGAUGGAUGUGUGUGUAUGUGUGCGUGUGUUUGCACACACUGGUUUGCCAUGUGCUAUGUGGAAAUAUUGUUUCAAGUGGCCUUUUUGUCCCCCCCCCCUCAGUUGGCCUUCGGGGCAGAUAUUCGGCCUGUGCUCUGUAGGCCAAGACGUUUCAUGGUUGCCUCAAAGCUGCCACCCAGCAGCCUUAUGCAGUAAGAUGGCUCCACCACACAAGACCAAACUUUCUGCCUUUUUCUAUUCAUUUUUAUAUACGUGUGUGUGCUCUUUUAGUGAGGUUUUAUUGUGACUUUGUUUUAUUUCUCUGUGUGUGAGUGUGUGUGUGUGUGUGUGUGUGUGUGUGUGUGUGUGUGUGUGUGUGUGUGUGUGUGUGCCCAGCAACUUGGCAUCUGUUCAUACUGUAUGCAUGGCAUUUUGGUUUUGAGGUUAGAAAUGAUGCAGAAGUAAUUCAGUUUUUGUGUUUUUAUUUUGCUAUAGCUGAUGUUUUAUUUGAGAAACAUAAAAAAACUGAGUGUUUUUAAAGGUACUUUUUGUAGUCUCCCUCUGUGAAACGUAAUUAAAACAUUCACCACUAGGUGGCAGUGUUUUUCUAAUGACUCACCUGGUUAAAUAAUAAAAUGACUCACUUCAUCACCUUGUGGAAUAAAUUGGUAUUACACCAAAGUUCGGCCUAAUUGAUAUCAAAAGAGGGCAUAGCAGUUGUUUCAUGGCUUUAGUUUAUUUUAAUUACUUUUAAAAACAGAAAUUUACAAAAAGUACCUUUAAUGUUUUGUUGGCAUAUCAUUUAAGAUUUAGUUUUGUAAAUAAAGGAAAAAAAAACCCACUACAUUCUCAAAUACAGCAAGCUUUGAUGUGAAGAUUUACCACAGCAGUGCAACAAAAACCACCUUAAAGUCACCUCUCUCCAUGCUUCAUUGAAUGUUUUUAAGUUACUUGAAUCCAUGUCUACUUGUAAGUGAAAGUAGCAUAUUUUUUUUAAAAUCACACAUUGUCUCAUGAGUGGCAUAUUUAAAACUCUUCUAACUGUUCAGACACAAAGGAGAAAGAAGAAAUCCUCAAGGGCUUUAUGAGAUGUCAGUGUUAUCAGCAAUACAGCUCCUUCAUUGUGUGCCUGUCGAUGCUUCCUUUCCUGCGUUUCUCUCUAACGCGCAUCGCUCGCUCAGAUCCUCUCUUUCCAGUCUUCCUGUAGCUAAGCUGGGACUGUAAAUGAACGCCCGCUCUUCCCCCUCUGAAUGCCUUUAGCUCUCAUCGUUGCCUCCUUUAUUAUUUGUGCAUCUCAUUCUCCUUCCUGCUCAGCGUAAAGUGACUGAUUUCAGAGGUUUUCUUUCAAGACUUUUUGGGGUUGUUUGGGACGAGUGACUGUGAUCACUUUACUCUGUAAUAUACCGCAGUAUGAAACUGCUGUGAUUCAUAUUUUUGCACCAUAUCUGUGUGUGUGUGUGUGUGUGUGUGUGUGUGUGUGUGUGUGUGUGUGUGUGUGUGUGUGUGUGUGUGUGUGUGUUUUAUUUUCUGUUGCCAAAUGUUUGAUUCUUGUCUGAUUCUGUGAACAUUUGCAGCCCCGAGGGUUCAGCGCCACACACAGAGUCGUGCUAACGGUGGUUGUCUCUUUUUUUUUUUUUUUCUGAUGUUUGCGUUUUCUUUUAUUUAAAUGUCAGUUAGGUGGAGUGUAAAGACCAAUCUGUGUCCUUGUUUAAGAGAUUUCGGUGAAAGGUGCACAAAGGUUCUCUUGAUGCAGGUUUUUUUUUCCCGUUCAUUCACAUUUGUCAUUCAAAGACCACUGUUUGAGUUGUUCCAUGACUACAACAGAGUGCCUUUAUCCCAGCGUGGUGUCCACAUAGAGCUAGAUUUCUCCUUCUCCUCAACCGAAGCUCAUCGUCCCCAACCCCGGAGUGACUCAGAUGAAAGCGGCAUUCCACACAUUAGACCACCGCAGUUUCACCGGGAACUGAGAAUAUGGGACUUACAAGAAAUAUCAAUUAUGUGUCUUAGCUCCAUUCUCUGUGACUGUCACCAAAAUGGAUGUGUGUAUAUCUGUGAUUAUUUAUGAAUACAGUAUAUAAUGUACAGCAUGAUUUUUAUUUUGGCGUUGUUGAAAUGUACUUUUGCACUUUCCAGGUACUAAAUUGUAACAAAUUGUUUAACUUUGCUCCCUAAUCUGUACAAACUGCUUUGUAUACACAAGUGGAAAAUAAUCAUUAAAGUCUUGUCUAAAUUCA